GGCUCUUUUCGCUAAGAAUCUCGCAACUUCAUGAGCAUCACUCCAUCUUCGCCCAGUUCUUCCCCUCAUGAAGUGGAGGAAAGCAUCAGUUUACCCCUCUUCUCGGGCACUUGGCAGAGGUUUACCUUUGAUGUCCAAAAAGCUUCCUGCCUUCGGUUCGGUAUACGGUAUUGGGUGUCUCCUAUACAAGCCCGAUUCUUCGGGUUGCCCUGAGCAAAUUGGUCUUGCGUGGGAUGGACCAGAUAUCAGAUCGCCGGCGGUCUCAGAAUUCGCGCUGCCGCCACGUGGGAAGGCAAUAUUUAUAAGAGUAUGGCAUGCUUCCGUCAAUAUCAUCCAUGAAGCGAUGCGGCCAAGCGAGCAAGGCAAGAUGCCGUUCAUGCACGUGGCUGGGUGUGACUUAGAACUCCAUCCUGCCACCGUCUACCUACAGCAGCAAUGAUGGUCGCGUGCCUGAUCCUUAGCGAAGGAUCCGACAAGAGCGAGCUGGUCGUGCGUUUCACUUGCCCAUCGCGAGGCAUCAUCCAGUCAACGCGCGCGCCCUGUGAGAACAAGUCAACGAUGCCGACGAGGCAUUGCGGCUCCGACACUGAUGAACCUCAUACGGCACUUUUUGCGAGGCAAAGCGCUUUCAUGUAGUACACAGGACUGGGGUCGUAUUUCCAUCGACUGGUGGACGUGUAAGACAGACGGUGCGCUCAGAAUCAACGCAUGAGAGUCGCGACGCACAAACGCGAUGCUCGAAUGCGUUCUGACCACCAAGAUCAAUGUAAGCAUAGAACUUCAAGUACAGAAUUCAAGCAUAGUUCAUUCAUGACCUUCGAC